AUGGAUACUGCUCUUGAAAACAUCCCUGAAAAAGCUAUCCCUGGUGAUCUUAUAUGUCCAUUAUUUGAAUCAAGCAACGAUACCAACCAAGAGAUAAUAUAUCGUUUUAUUCCGGGGCACGGAUGUAAAACCCAACAAUUUGAAAUGAAUUCUCAGCGCAUAGAUGCUAUUGUAGCUACAUUAAAAGGUCCCAUCGUGGUUGAACCCAUCGAAAAAGAAUCUUCGUCUGAUUCACAAGAUUUAUUAACUAAUGGCAAUGAAUCUGAGACCACCUUUUCGGAAAACGUUCCUUCUGAAAUCGAGAAGGAGGGAAGAAUAAUCAAGCAAUUUUUGGUCUCAAUAUCAAAUAGUAACAUGCACUCUAGCAAAUUUACCGAUGACCAAUUUAUUAAUAACCUUCCACGCGAAGGUGAUGUUGUUCUAGCUAGAGUAACUAGAAUCAAUUUGCAAAGAAUAACAGUAGAUAUCUUAGCAGUAGAGACUACGCCUCUGCCGAUAGAUUCUGGUAUUGGAAGUAAUGGAUCUGGAAUUACUGCUCCUGGUGGUGGAUCUGGUGCUGCAACGUUUUCAAUCUCUCAGGCAUCUGCUGAUUUGGGGGAAACUUUUAGAGGGAUAAUUCGCUCUCAAGACGUUAGAGCUACUGAUAGAGAUAGAGUAAAAGUAAUGGAAAGUUUCAAACCAGGUGAUAUAAUUCGUGCACAAGUUUUAUCGUUGGGCGAUGGUACACAUUAUUACCUUACGACUGCAAGUAAUCAACUAGGAGUAGUUUUCGCUAAAUCGUUUAAUGGGGCUGGAGAACAAAUGUACGCGAUCGAUUGGCAAACUAUGAUAUCUCCACACACCGGUAUUACAGAAAAAAGGAAGUGUGCGAAACCAUUUUAA